CUGCGCACUCCCGUCACGUGACCCUGUUUAUUUUGAAGUUUGUUUUUUUCAUCACGUUUCUCCCAAAUCACGAUCAAAUCGACACAAGUUGAAUCAAAAACCACCAGUUUUCGGGUCCAGUACCUCUGAAAUUACCGUUCACGAAAAACCGCACCGCUCUCCGCACAGCGCAAACAAAAAAAGAAAAAUCCGCGGACUAUGUUGGUGUUGUUCGACGAUAGCGCCAUACAGACCCACAGGCCGAGACUGAGAAAAUGCGGCAACUUGUGCACCGUCAUUUCCGUGACUGUGUUUUUCGUCACAGUGAUGACAAUCCUGGCGAUUUUCGCGCUCGAUAUGACCCAGAAGGUGCACGUGGUGUACAUGGAGGGCACCCAGCCGAAGUUUGUGACAGAUGAGAAGUUUCUGAGUGUGGCUUUGGACUCGUCGUUGAUUGCAAGCGGGUUCAAGCACUUCGAUUUAAAAAAUCAGAGGGUUUUGAAGUUGAUGGGGGCUCUGGCGCCGGGGUAUUUGCGCGUAGGGGGGACAAUGGCAGACCGGCUGACCUUCUUCACGUCGAAAACGUUCCAUUUUAAGCAUUUACGGGGCGAUAUGGAUGGAGGGGUGUGUUCAUAUGGACCGCGACACUGUGACUAUUUGGCUAAACCUAACUUCACAAUGAACGAACAUGAGUGGCUACAACUGAACCAAUUAGCAGCAAAUACGGGUUUAGACAUGAUAUUUGACUUAAAUUCGCUCAAACGGUUCGACAACGGCAGCUGGGACCCCACAAAUGCGGAAAAAUUAAUCAGUUUUUCAAACAACUUUAACUUGAACAUAAACUGGGAGCUAGGAAACGAGCCAAACUCGUUUCGUCACCAGUUCAACUAUGACGUCACCCCGUCUCAAAUGGCUGCAGAUUUUCACACACUCAGAAAAAUUCUAAAUGAAUAUCCAAAAUAUGCUAACUCUUUGUUGGUGGGUCCGGAUGUAACCAGACCCCAACGUGGAAAAAACGCUAGUGAAACCUACUUAAAAACGUUCACUGGUGCUGCGCAUGACAUAGUUAAUGCAAUCACGUGGCACCAAUAUUAUUUCAACGGGGCUGUCGCUAAAAUCCCAGACUUUCUAGAUCCUGACAACUUUGAUAUGUUGCAGUGGCAGAUUAACAUAGUUAAGGAUAUUGUUGCACAGGCGGGUGUGGAUAAGCCAAUUUGGUUGGGCGAAACUUCCUCUGCGUACGGUGGUGGGGCUCCGCACCUUUCAGAUCGCUACAUCGCCACAUUUAUCUGGUUGGAUAAGCUAGGGAUGGCUGCUAGGAGUGGUUUGAGUUUGGUGAUUAGACAGUCGAUUUUCCAAGGGCACUACGCUUUAAUUAACAAUUACUAUUUCCCGACUCCUGAUUGGUGGGUGAGCGUUUUGUACAAAAAACUAGUUGGUAAUAAAGUUGUGGAUUGUCGGUUGUCGCAGUCGGAUAAAGUCCGACUGUAUUGCCACUGCACGAAUUCCAAAAGUUACUAUAACAACAUGUCAUCUGUCACUGUUUUCGGAGUCAACAUCAGCAACCGUCGAGCGAGAAUCCGUUUUGAAGGAAUUACGGUUUUUAGCGACCCUCAAGAAAUGCAGAAAUUUAAAGUGCACGCUUACAUUUUGUCGACUGUGGAUCGCAUCGAUUCGAGGUUUAUCUACCUGAAUGAUAAACUUCUCGAGCUGACUCAAACAAACGACGUGCCAGAUUUGCUACCAAAGACUGUAAUAGCAAACCCCUAUGUGGAACUGCCCCCAUUUUCUUUAGGUUUUUGGGUGGUGCCUAUAACCAGUAAUGUACUUCCCUAUUGCUAGAAUAUUUAUUCCUGUAUAUUGUGAUAUUUUAUAAUAAAUGAGUUUUAUAGCUUAA